AUGGUGCUUCAGUUACUCCUUGCAGGAAUAUUUGCAGCAACAGGUGUUAUUGGAUGUGGUGCAGCAGCUGUGGGCGAUGUGGCGAAAAAGCCCAAGAAACACGAGAAGGAGGCAAACGAUAAAAGAAAGCAUGAGAAAAAGAAGCCACUGAUAAGACCAACAGGAAAUAGUCCACCUUCCACGGCUGGUAGGUUCUUCCUAGCUACCAAGUGGUAG